UGAACCACAAGAUCAUGACCUGAGCUGAAGUCGGACGCUUAACUGACUGAGCCCCCCCGGGUGCCCCUGGUGAUGUUCGUCUUAAUCAUUUGAUCGAGAUGGUGUCUGCUCCGUGUCCCCCCCCCUACAGAGCGACUCUCCCGUGCAAUUAGUACGUUGUAAGGGGAUACUUUGUGCCGUGUAAGUAAAUGUGGUCAAGCUUGGCCCUUUUUGUUCCUGUCUGUGGGGACUCCUGGUGUCCUGUGUUAUGCUAUGUAAUCUGUUGUUCUUUCUUUGGAUUUCCAAAUGGUCCCCGACCUGGCCAGUGGAGCUUGUUCAGGCUGGCGUCCGUGUGCCUUUGCUGUGACCCCACAACGCUGUGCUGGCCUCACGGCCCAAGAUUUGUUUCUAGGCGCAUCUGCCUGCUUGUUCCAGUCAUGGGAGCGGCCGUGUCUCCCGGUCUCGGUUCCUUUGGUGCAGAGUGCUAUUUAGAAGUCAAGCCCCAGACGCUAGAUGUCAUGUAGACGCCGCCUCUCUCCACUCACGCUCACGUUCCCACCCGGCACCCUGGGCCAUGCCGCCUCUCUGUGGGCACCUCCCCCUAUUUGGAUCCCCUCCUGACCCCCGGGGUAGAGACCCUCAUUGCCUCCUUGGGCGGUGACACGUGGCUAUGACUUCUCCCCCUCGCCAGUAUGGAUGCCCACCUCGUUCCUCCCCUCCCCUCCCCCACGUCAUUUAGGGAGACGGAAGAGAGAGACCAGCAGAAGCAGCCCAGACAGCACCCUGUUGGUCGCGACGCGUGCCCGCUUCCUGAAGCCAGGGUUCUGACCCAGUCCCUGGGUUCCUGCAUCCGCCAGCUGGCCCUUGCGGGUGGCACACAGCUCCCGGCGGCCAGGGCCGUGCCCUCUACGUCUUUACCCGCCCAGAGGCCAGCAGAGGCCCGGCCUGCGGUGAGCGCCCGGAACGUGAAUGAAGGGCUGCCCCGGGCUCUAAUCCCCAUUUUUGCAAUGAUCUUUCCAGUCCUGUUCUGGGAAUGAAAGGUCAGAGCCUGAGACUGGCCUCCCCCCCACCUCCGCCCGCCCGCCCCAUCCCCGCCCGUCUCACUGGAGCCAGAUGGGGAGGCAGACACAGCUCUGAUCCCCUCCCCAACCCGAGUAGAGAUUUCUGAUCCGGCUGUCACAGCUCUCGGACACCAGGGGCCGAGGGAGAGGCAGGAAGAGUUGGCGGAGGAGUGACCGAGAAGAUAAGGAGGCCCAGCCACCGCCACCGAGGGGGACGGGAAGGAGGGGGAGCCGACUUGAGCCUGGUGCCUGCCGAGCCGUCCCUGUCCCUCCAUGCAGGUCCCCGUGGGCCCCGCCUGCAUCUUCCUGAGAAAAGGCAUCGCCGAGAAACAGCGGGUGAGGCGGCAGCACGCUUUUAACUGCCAGGCUUUCAGAUGAGCAGUGACUCGGUGGGAUUUCCCAGGUCGGGUGCGACGGCCCCAAGCCUGACCCUCGCGGUGUCCCAGAUACAGGGGCGGCAACGGUGAUUGGAAAUUCUUAGCCGGGUUAGGAACCGGUCGUGGGGGGCACGGAUCCUCCGGCCCCGCCGUCGCUGAACGCUGGUCCCCACAAAAGGGAUUCUGAGCCUUGGGAGAAAGAAUGGGGUGGGUGGGGUAAGAAUCCAGGGGGUGUAGCGGGAAGAAUUCGGACUCAGAACUCAGAUCUCAGGCGCCCGCUGCAUCUGACCUGCUGCACAGCCUGGAGGGAGUGAUUUAAAGUCUCCCCGCCUUGGGAGGGGCUCUGCCCCUAGGAGCUGUGUGACCUCAGGCAGUUUCCUUAACCUCUCUGUUCCUCCGCUUCCUCUUUUAUAAAGAUGGGAAUGCUAUUUAUUUGGUCCUACCCUGCACCGCGUGGUUCUGAGGUUUAAAUGAAGGGACUGUGGACGUCUGGCCCAGAGCUGGCACUCUGAGCACGUUUGCUCUGAUUCUAAGCCUCACUGUCUUCUUCUGGAAAAGGAGGGGACUGGAUUCCAUGGCAUCCAAGGCCCCCUUUCAGCACAGUGGGAUGGAUGUCCGUUCAGGAAGGGCAGAGGGAGAGAGAUCAAGAUUCCAGGACAGGAGAGAGGAAAUGCGAAGCGAUGAGCAAGAGGGCGAGAAGCAAAGAGCCGUGGGUGGGAGGCAGGAGGUGAGCGAAGGAAGGGAAGGAAGGGGUGGGUGGAACGAGCAAGAACGGAGGAGAAACAGGAAAGGAGAGGGAUCCCUCAGAGGAGGGAGGGGACGUGGUUGGAGAAGUGGAUGCUGGAUCCCUGACCCUCUCCAAAUUCCCUCUCCCUGCAUUCCUUUCCAGGAAAGACCGCUGGGACAGGAUGAGAUCGAAGAGCUUCGGGAAGCGUUUCUUGAGUUCGACAAGGACCGAGAUGGGUUCAUCUCUUGUAAGGAUUUGGGGAAUCUCAUGAGGACGAUGGGCUACAUGCCCACAGAAAUGGAGCUGACUGAACUGGGCCAGCAAAUCCGCAUGAACCUGGGUGGCCGUGUAGACUUUGACGACUUUGUGGAGCUGAUGACCCCCAAAUUGCUUGCGGAAACGGCGGGGAUGAUCGGCGUCCAGGAGAUGCGCGAUGCCUUCAAGGAAUUUGACACCAACGGGGACGGGGAGAUCACCCUCGGGGAGCUGCAGCAGGCCAUGCAGAGGCUUCUGGGAGAGAAGCUCACCCCUCGCGAGAUCUCGGAGGUCGUGCAGGAGGCGGACGUGAACGGAGACGGCACGGUCGACUUUGAAGGUGACGUCGCGAGGGGGCAGCCGCCGCGCGGGUGGCUUUGUCAGCCAGGGCUCACUCCUACCUCCCCCGUGCCUGUCCCUGCCUGGCUCACGGGGCGCCUUUGUCGAGAACGAACUGUCCCGUCGGGAGAGUGGACCGGUCACCAGCUGGGGCUCUGGGGUCAGAUGCACGGGGUUCAAAUUCAAGGUCGUCUCUUACCUGUCCUAGCCACCCAGAGAAGUCACGCGUGACGCUGCUGCUCGUUCCGGGCGGGAACGCCCUUGCCCCUUCCCGCUGGCCCAGUUUCAGUUAUGCCACCGGAAGGUGCUCCCACCCCUCCUCUCGGCGCCCCCUUGUGCCUCCGCCGCAGCGCUGAGGGUGAUAUCACCCGAGCUCGUAAUAGCGCCUCGCCUGUUUCCUCCCGAGGAGGCCCCGGACUGAACCCUUCUUCCCUACACACCCCAGUCCUGGCACAGAGCUCGUCCCACGUGUACUGAGGGAUCGGCGGAAGGGAACCCGUGGGAAUCCUGGGCGGAUGGGAGUCGAGACCAUUUUCGUGGGAGACCUAACAGGGAGGGUCAGAGUCUCAUCAUGGUGACUCUAGUUCAGGCGCCCCAGCAUCUAACUGCUGCCGGGGGACAAAAGCGGAGUUCUCGGUCUGAUACUCAGGUGCAUCCCUGGUGUGACCCCCACCCCCGGCCGCUCUUCUGUCCCCGCUCUCGGGGUCGCUGCGCUCUGGUGCACACUGGGUGCCUGCUCUGUGUUGGCUAAAUCCGGUUUCUCCCUCUCUGACGUCCCUUCCGCUUCCGGUACCUUCCCCGGUGUUCUCCAUCCCUCAGGAAUCGGCGCAGCUCGGUCUCUGCCAUGAAGCGUCCCUUCGUCCUCAGCUGGCUGUAUCCCCCAUAUCUGUGGCCCUACAAAGGCCUCCCUGUCCCCCUCCCUUCAAAGGACGUAAUCGCCGCAGACCUCGCUGCCUUGAGUUGUGUUGGCCUCCUGGGAUGUCAAAUCCUGGAGGCCGAUCAGGGAUAUUCUCUGACCCAUCAGCUUGUAAUUCCCAGUAGGGAAACUCAGGAGGCAUUUAUGGCCUGGCUGUAACUGAGGAAAUCUUGGCGGGAUGCCCGCUGGGUCUCGCCAGGCUCAGGUGUACGAGGGGCAUCACUGAAAGUCUGGACGAGCUAAGAGACAGAUCCUCGGGCCAGCCCCGCGCAGGGGAAGGACAGAUGGACCUCAAGACCUGGGUGGGGCCCAGAAGUUCAUGGGGCAUGGAGUCACCGCAGAGUCAGUGCAUUCCUUCCGAGGUUUUCCAUUCACCGUCCACGUGGCCUCAGGCGCAUUGGUCAACCUCACUGGCCUCCGUUUGCUUAUCUGGGAAAUGGUAGUUACGCCUCCAGGAUCGGUUGGAAAGAUGAAAUAAGAUAGUCAUAACGAUUGUGUAACGCUUCAUGGGUCUUGUAAGCAUUCUAUCGUUUAACCGUCUGGAAAACUUGUGUAAGGUGUAUGGCGAUCCUGUGAUUCCCAUUUUGGAGACGAAGAAACUGAGGAGCAGAGGGUUUCCCAAAGAUCACCCUUGGUUCCUGACACAUAGUAAAGGGCUCAAAAAGUGCUCUUACAAAUCGGCGCCUUACCAGGGGCUUUUCUUUGCAGAGUUUGUGAAGAUGAUGUCUCGCUGAGGAGGUUCUGGAAGCCCCCGGUCUCUCCCCACCAGGCAGGCAUGGACCCCGCACUUGUGGAAGACCAGAUCCCCUCGGGCCCAUCCAGGAGAGAGGGUGGGAGGGUGCGUGGUGACUGGCCUUGCAUUGUAUGAGUCGAGGCUGGACCAAAAGUGAUGGCUUUGCCCAGAUGGCGGGCGGGGUGAGGGGGAACCUCUCUAGAAUGAGAUAAGAAGCUAGAAAUGAGAUCAGGACCAAGGUCAGCGCCACCCCACCAAUUCCAGAGGUUAAUGACAUCUCGACUUCAUGUAACCCCCAAUGCCUACACCCCAGCAGAGUCUCUUCCCUGGUGUCCUCUUGGGUCAGACUCUCAAAAAGCUCAGCCCAUGGUCCACCCUUCCCCCUUCUUGCUUCAGCUGCUUCAGAUUUCCUCGGUUUCUUUCUGUCGGUAAGAGGGAGGCAUGACAAUCUUGGGGCUAUAAACAGGGUUCCUGGGAAGACCGGGCUUGGAAAUGGUUCCAUUAAAGAGGCUUCCAAAGUGA